AUGGCGGGACCCGGGGGUUGGAGGGACAAGGAAAUCACGGACCUGGGCCAUUUGCCGGAUCCAACUGGAAUAUUCUCUCUGGACAAAACCAUUGGUCUUGGAACUUAUGGCCGAAUCUAUUUGGGACUACAUGAGAAGACUGGUGCAUUUACAGCUGUUAAAGUGAUGAAUGCACGUAAGACUGCUGUACCUGAAAUUGGAAGGCGAGUGAGAGUGAAUAAGUAUCAAAAGUCUGUUGGGUGGAGAUACAGUGAUGAGGAAGAGGAUCUUAGGACAGAACUCAACCUUUUGAAGAAGUACUCUUUCCACAAAAACAUUGUAUCUUUUUAUGGUGCAUUUUUCAAGAUGAGCCCAGCUGGUCAGAGACACCAACUUUGGAUGGUGAUGGAAUUAUGUGCAGCAGGCUCGGUCACUGAUGUAGUGAGAAUGACCAGAAAUCAAAGUUUAAAAGAAGACUGGAUUGCUUAUAUCUGCCGAGAAAUCCUGCAGGGCUUAGCUCAUCUUCAUGCACAUCGUGUAAUUCACCGGGACAUUAAGGGCCAGAAUGUGCUACUCACUCAUAAUGCUGAAGUAAAACUAGUGGAUUUUGGAGUUAGUGCCCAGGUAAGCAGAACUAAUGGAAGAAGAAAUAGCUUCAUUGGGACACCAUACUGGAUGGCACCUGAGGUGAUUGACUGUGAUGAGGAUCCAAGACGCUCCUAUGAUUACAGAAGUGAUGUGUGGUCUGUGGGAAUCACUGCAAUUGAAAUGGCUGAAGGAGCUCCUCCUUUGUGUAACCUUCAGCCCUUGGAAGCCCUCUUCGUGAUUUUGCGAGAAUCUGCUCCCAAAGUCAAAUCCAGUGGAUGGUCUCGCAAGUUCCACAACUUCAUGGAAAAGUGCAUGAUAAAAAAUUUCCUGUUUCGUCCUACUUCGGCAAACAUGCUUCGUCAUCCAUUUGUUCAAAAUAUAAAAAAUGAAGGACAUGUUGUUGAGUCAUUAAAGAAGCAUCUUACUGGAAUUAUAAAAAAGAGACAGAAAAAAGGAAUGCCUCUGGUGUUUGAAAAAGAAGAAGCUAUUAAGGAACAGUACACCGUGAGAAGAUUCAGAGGACCUUCUUGUACUCAUGAGCUUCUGAGACUUCCAACCAGUAGUCGAUGCAGACCACUUAGAGUCCUGCGUGGAGAGCCCUCACAGCCAAGGUGGUUACCUGAUGGAGAUGAACCACAGGUUCAGGCCCUUCAUCACCUGCAGGGAGCAGCCAGGGUGUUCAUGCCAAUAAAGGCUCAGAGCACUGCACCUAAGCCUGUACAGGGGAAAGCUCAGGCACCCCGGAGACUUCCCGGGGCAGCAGCUCAGGUGCUCAUGCCUCUGCAGCCUCAGAUGAAGGCUAAGACAUCUAAGCCCAUGCAGCUCAGACCACCUCCACGCCUACAUCGGGCAGCCAAGAGGUUCAGGCCACUCCAGGCUCAGUUUAAGGUGCCCAGGCCUCUUCCUGUGCAGCCCCAGGUACCCAAAGAGCAGCAGGUUCAGGCCCAGACCCAGAAGUCAGAGAAGCCACAGGAUCUGGAUCAGGUACCAGAGGAAUUUCAGGGGCAAAAUCAGGCACCUGACCAACAGCAAAGGCAAGGCCAGCAAGCUGGACAACAGCAGAGGCCGAACCAGGUACCUGGAGAACAGAUGGCACCAAACCAGGCACCAGAACAACCAGAGGUACAGCAGCAGGCUUCUGGGCCUGCCCAGGCAGAUGCUGGGGCACAGGCACCUGAAUCCCUAAGAGUUCAUGCCCAGGUAUGCCUGCCUCUAAUGUCACAGAACCAUCAUGUGCUGUUACCACUACAUUUGGACACUCAGGUGCUCGUUCCAGUAGAGGGGAAAAGUGAAAGAUCACCUCGGGCACAAGCCUGGCCAUUAGAGCCCCCACAGGCAGUUGGCCCAGUUCAAGCACUGGUAGAGGGAUUAUCAGGUGAUUUACUUCGAGCUCCAGACUCGAAGAACUCAAAGCCACUGGGUCGACUACAAACCCUGAUGGAAAAUCUGUCAUCAAACACAUUUUACUCGAAACCAGAACAGGUGCAGAAGAAAAAAUCAAAAGUAUUUAGUCUAAAGCAAGCAUUGACAAAAACACUGUCACCAAAACGCUUCCGGGCAAAGUUUACACAGAAGUCUGAAGAGUUUGAGCUGUCAGAUUUAGAAGGCCGAAGACAAAGGCGCCAGCGCAGAUGGGAGGAUAUCUUUAAUCAACAUGAGGAAGAAUUGAGACAAGCUGCAAAUAACAAAGAAGAUGAAUCAUCAGACAACGAUGAAGCACUUCGCGCAGUUCAGGCUGAAGUCCAAAUAGAACCAUUGCAGCCAUAUGUUCCAAAUCCUAAAGGAAAUGAAGUAAGGAAAUCUGCUUCUGUGCCUGGCAACCAGAAUCGUGUGCACCGUGUCACAUUCUCUCCAAGUGUUUCUCAGGUAUCUUUGGAGCAAGCUCAGAAGCCCAUUGACAUCAGACCAAAAACUUCUCAAAAUCCUCAGAAUUGUCCAUCAUCAUCAGAAUCAUCUGAAGAAGAGAGUCCUGUGACUAGGAGGAGAUCCCAGUCAUCACCUCCUUAUUCUACAAUUGAUCAGAAGUUGCUGGUUGAUGUCCAUGUUCCCGACGGAUUUAAAGUAGGAAAAAUAUCACCUCCUGGGUACUUGACAAAUGAAUGGGUAGGCUAUAAUGCUCUCUCUGAAAUCUUCCGGAGUGAUUGGAUAACUCCUUCUUCUGUCAAUCAACAACCUGAAGAAGAUGGUGAUUAUGUUGAGCUAUAUGAUGCAUGUGCUGAUACUGAAUACGAUGAGAAUGAUUCUAAUGAUGCCUAUGAAGAUAGUUACGACCAUGACAGUGACAAAGAACACGCAGGAUACCAAGUUCAUCAUGCUAAUGACUCUGCUGAUGUCCGUGGUGAUGAUCACAAAAAUGAUACUGCUGAUGAUGAAGGCAAUCGUGAUAAUCGUGAUAAUGCUCGUAGCUUGCCAAGGUUGGUUUUUCUAGAAGACUUGUGGUUCAAGCAAGAUGGUACAGUUGAAAAUGAUGGAAUAGAAGGAGCCUGCGGUGGCUAUGGAAGCCAUGUAGACAAUAAAAACCCUGGAGAAGGUACAUCCAGUCAGGACGAUGAAGACCUUAACGACCUUGAAGUAUGUGGAAUUAAUAUGGGCAAAGGAAUAAGAGGCAUGGAAGGUAAUGGAGAUAAGCAAGUCAGUGAAAUCAAUGAAGCAAGUGAAGACUUUAAACUCAAUGGAGGACAAAAUAGCUCAAAGAAAGAUGGCCCUGUAUCAAAGAGACAGACAUCACAAGACACUGAACAUCCACAGAAGGAGUCAAGUGGCAAAAGUGAGACCUCAAAUGGCACUGCACCAUUAGUGCCACAUGAUGAGAAUGACAGCAUGGUCAUAUCAGAAGCAUCUGCAGAAUCAGGUUUUUCUGCAAGCUGCUCGUCUGCUUCCAAUGGUUCUUUGGGUACUAAUGGUGACUUUGCCAGUGCCAUCAUAUAUGCUGGAUUAGUGGAGGGUGACAAAUCAUCUCAGCAGCCAUCUGAAGUCAAUGUUAACCCACUAUAUGUCUCUCCUGCAUGUAUAAAACCACUGAUACAUGUGUAUGAACAGGAAUUUACUUCUGAGAUCUGCUGUGGUUCAUUAUGGGGAGUGAAUUUGCUGUUGGGAACCCGUUCUAAUCUGUAUCUGAUGGAUAGAAGUGGAAAGGCAGACAUUACAAAACUUAUAAAACGAAGACCAUUUCGUCAGAUUCAAGUUGUAGAGCCACUCAAUUUGCUGAUUACCAUCUCCGGAAAUAAGAACAGACUCCGUGUGUAUCAUUUGACCUGGCUAAGAAACAAGAUUUUGAAUGAUGAUCCAGACAGCAAUAAAAGACAGGAGGAAAUGCUAAAGACUGAGGAAGCCUGUAAGGCUAUUGAUAAACUGACUGGUUGUGAACACUUCAGUGUCCUUCAACAUGAAGAAACAACUUACAUUGCUAUUGCUUUGAAAUCAUCCAUUCACCUUUAUGCAUGGGCCCCAAAGUCCUUUGAUGAAAGCACUGCUAUUAAAGUGAUAUGCAUUGAUCAAUCAGCAGAUUCUGAAGGAGACUAUAUGUCCUACGAAGCCUAUAUACGAAUACUGGCAAAAAUACAGGCAGCUGAUCCAGUGAACCGGUUUAAGAGACCAGAUGAGUUACUUCAUUUGCUGAAGCUUAAGGUAUUUCCAACACUUGGUCAUAAGCCAGUAACAACUGACCUGGCUAUUGGUUCUGAAAAAAGACUGAAGAUUUUCUUCAGCUCAGCAGAUGGAUAUUAUAUCAUCGAUGCAGAAUCUGAGGUUUUGUCUGAUGUGACCCUGCCAAAUAAUGUAAGAUCCCUAGAAAUAAUCAUACCACAGAAUAUCAUCAUUUUACCUGACUCCUUGGGAAUUGGUAUGAUGAUCACUUUCAAUGCUGAAGCCCUUUCUGUGGAAGCAAAUGAAAAACUCUUCAAGAGAAUCCUUGAAGCCUGGAAAGACAUACCAUCUUCAGUGGCAUAUGAAUGUACUCAGCGAACCACAGGAUGGGGCCAAAAGGCCAUUGAAGUUCGCUCUUCUCAGUCAAGGGUUCUGGAAAAUGAACUGAAGCGCAGAGCAGUUAAGAAACUGAGAUUUCUGUGUACCCGAGGUGACAAGCUGUUCUUUUCCUCUACCCUGCGCAACCGCCACAGCCGGGUUUACUUUAUGACCCUGGGGAAACUCGCAGAGCUCAAGAUCAAUCACGGUGUUUAA